CAAGUGUUGAUUUGUGUCUUUUACAGGAGAGCAGAACCGGGACUCUCGAAGGUGUCCGAAGUGGGAACCACUGCCGGCACUCUUGCCGUUAACGAUAGGACAACAUUGGCUUUCGUGUCAGGUCUUGGGUUCGGUCUAAUGGCCGGCGCCUUCUCUCUGACCAACAUAUUGGCCGAUAGUGUGGGUCCGGGAACUGUCGGUCUGAAUGGGGACUCGCAUUACUUCUUCCUGUGCUCUUCGUUCACAACUCUGGCGUUUAUAUUAUUGCACACCUUUUGGGGCGUUAUAUUCUUCAAGGCGUGUGACAAUCGGAACUACUUUUUAAUCGCUUACGUCUUCGCCACACAUCUCAUUGUAUCCGGAAUUACAUUUGUUAAUCAAAGCCAGUUAUAUAUGCUGUCAGUAGUAUUGAUAUAUGCCGUGACUGUCAUAACAUCGGUGUUCGCAUUCCAUAGCGCCGGCGGUUCUCUCAAUACUCUUAAACAAGUCUUAAGUCGACAAUAAUUUAUUGAAUAAAUAUUUUUUCUUAAUUUAUAUUUAUUUUUUCCGAUCACAACUACAAUAUGACUACAACUCGUUAAACACCAAGAUUUAAGUGUUUUUGUAAUGACCAAAAUCUGUAUUAACCCAAAGAUUAGUUUAUUAUUAUUAUUUUCCCAUCAAUUUUACUCAUUUUACUUCACAUUUUUCUGGUCCU